AAAAAAAAGAUAAAAAGAAAGAAGACAAUCUAUUUGUCGCGAAUACAGAUCCCUUGAACUCUGUCAAUGGAACGAAUUUAGAACCUAAACUUUCUUCACUGCUAAGUGUCCAGACUCUUGAAUCAACUUUCAUAGUUCGAUCUACCAUGGCGGAGACCAAAACCGAGACGAAGACUGAUACUCCCAAGAUGAAACCGAGACCAAUCGUGCGUCUUGGUGUUUUCAUCAUCUCUCACAGCAUCUUCUUCAGUAUUGUUUGCUGUAUCUCUGGGGUUUUAGCUCUGUUUCUAUUGCCAGUGCUCGCCAAGAACACGUACAUUUCCGAAAACGCCCUCAUGCCAGGCUCUGCGAGUCCUAUGCUCUCCAAUCAGGAUGUGUCUGAUGGGAGUAGAUUGGUGAAGGAUUUAACAAGUGUGAGGUCAAAACCUGAAGAUACGGGAAUGGAAAGUCAAAAGCUCGUAGCACGAUACAUGUCAGAUUUGGAUGCUGAAGUUAGUUAUCACAAGUUCCAUCCUGAACUGAAUCAGUUUCAUCCGCUGCACUUUUUCUCUGGUCCUGAUGCACGUAGCAUUCAAGAGAACCUUACCUGUUCAUUGUAUGGUCUCAACACUGUUGGGAUAAUAAGAGCUGCACGGGGUGAUGGGAAGGAAGCUAUUGUCUUGGUUACACCUUACAAUUUUGAAAGUAAUAAUCUGGAUGGGGCUUUAUCUUUGGGCAUUAUGUAUUCCGUAUUUUCAUUGCUCACUAGAGUUACCUGGCUUGCUAAAGACAUCAUAUGGAUAGUUGCGGAUUCACGAUUUGGAGAAUAUGCCCCUGUUGCUGCUUGGCUAAAAGAUUAUCACGCCCCUUUAUUCAGCAGUUUGGGCACAGAAAAUGCUGAAAUGUGCAAGGAAAAUGAUAAUAUCUUAGAGCUGACGUAUACCUUUAAUACAAAAAGAAAGACAUAUGAUGGUAUUAAAAGGGCUGGAACAAUGGCCGCUGCACUAGUUUUGAAGGUGGGAGAGAGAAGUGCAAACUUUGAAGAUACUCUUAGCAUUUAUGCUGAGGCAUCCAACGGGCAGAUGCCAAACCUAGACCUCAUCAAUGUUGUGAAUUAUCUGGCUGUACAUAGGCAAGGUUUACAUGUAAAGGUGGAGAAAUUUUGGUCUUUACUUGACUCUACCUAUCUCAAGAUUUUUGGUGAAAUUUUUGAAUUCUUGGGAACCUUGGCUCGAAGUAUAAAUCCUGAAUGGAAAUUUGGUAUCCCAGUAGCUGAUUAUAUUGAAGGUGCUGCUACCCUUGCAAGUUCAUUGUACCAUCAGGCAUUGGGCAUUCCCACUGGUUCACAUGGAGCUUUCCGUGAUUAUCAAAUUGAUGCAAUCACUUUGAAAAUUUCACCCAAAGUUCAGCUCAGGCAAAAUGAUUUCCUUCUACGAGGUGGCCGGUUGAUUGAAGGGGUUAUACGAUCGGUAAACAAUCUGCUCGAGAAGUUUCAUCAAUCUUUUUUCCUAUACCUAUUAACAUCUCCUAGUAAGUUUGUUUCUGUUGGAGUGUAUAUGAUUGCAUUUGCACUCCUCAUAGCCCCACUUCCAAUUGUUGCAGCAUCCCUCUAUCUUGAUGCUAAUAAUCUUGAUCAUAGAUUAAUUGAUGAAAAAUCCACCUCUUCACCAGCCACUUCUGGCAAUGAACUUGGCAUUACUCUCGGAUCAUGGAAGUGGCUUAAUGCAGCAAAAAAGGUGUUUGUUGUUCAGUUAUGGGGUGUCGUUGUUUCAUUAUUUCCAUAUUUCAUCUCUCAAAUACCUAGCUCCACCCCAACAACAUGCUUUGUAAUAUGGGUUUCACUCUCAAUGCUUAGCCUUGUACUCUUGUUCUUCAUUCUGGGUUCCCCAUUAUUUUUUGCCUGUGCGUCUGGUCUUCAAAAUAGAGAGUGGGCUCUCUUGAAAUCAGUUACCAUCUCUGUUGUCUUCAUUGGUUUGAGUCUCAUGUCAGUCAUUAAUUUUGCUACAGCAGAAAUUGGGGCUUUGCUAAUUGUUCCUAUGUGUUUGAUGGCUCAUCCCUUGAAGCUUGAUAUCAGAGCUUGGAGUUUGAGAAACUUUUCAAGGAUGAUAUGCAAUAUAAUUCUGGGUUUUAUUGGGUUUCCACCAAUUGCGUUUUUUGUCUUGAAAUGGAUUUUUGAAGGUUUUGGCAGCAUUGAUUUUGGCGACUUCUGGAACUGGGUUGAGUCCCUUUGGGUGUGGAGCAGUGCAACGUACCUGUAUAUAGGUAUGGUACACCUGCCUUCCUGGUUAUUAUGCAUUCAGAUUUUUUUUCAUCCUUGUUAGUAUGUUAUAGUCAAUUUUGUCCUGUGCCAUGGUAUUUGAGUUUAAACUGCAAAGCAGAUAAUUAAAGAGAUUCUGAUUCAAUAGUUUGUAUACUCUAGCCUAAUUGCUAAUUGUUAGAGAGAUGAUUGAGCGUACAGCUUUAGAUUGAACGUACAGAUUUAUGUUAUCACACCUGUGGUCAUCUUAGUUGGCAGAAGAAGGUAAUGUUUAAGGUUUAGAGGUUGGUAGGUUUCAGAGGCCAAAAAGAAAAAUUGGGUGUAUUUUAUUGUUCUUAUUAUUUUGAUAACAAAUGGGUGUAUUAUUAUGAUGUGCUGAUUUAGCUAGAUUCCUUUCAAUAAGUAGGUUGAAUAUUUAAAUAUCACUGAGAAAAGAGUUAAAUAUGUUUUUGUUGUUUAUCAACUUCA